AUGGGGCCGAAGGCCCUUCAGCUGGCCGCAGCGUUCGUCGUGGUUCAGCUUCUUCUGCCCCAAGUUAGCUCUGUACGGACUAAACUUAGGAAACAACGGUCGAAGUCACUGCAAGCUCAAAAACCUGCGAACAGUGAUUAUGUAUACGAUUACUAUGAUAGUUAUGACGACUACGAUGAAAGAAAUGAAACUAUAACUACAACUACUCCACCACCAUCAUCUGUUACGUCUAAUACCGCAAGCAGGGGUGGAUUACCGACAGAAACAUUACAAACCUUUUAUAGAUCAGCAUUGUCUACAGAUUCACCAGCACAAACAACAAUUCGAUCUUUCAUUCAAGAAGUUCGAGAUGAUCUGCGUACAACUCCAGAAAGAAAUCCAUUACCAACUGAAAUUGUGCCUGGUGAAAGUAAUAUGAUUAAUGCUGUUGCUGUACCUGGACCAAGAGGAGAACCUGGUAGACCUGGAGACAUUGGUCGUCCGGGAGAUACUGGAUUUCCAGGACAACCUGGCACUCCGGGAAUUCCAGGACCACCUGGACCGCCAGGACCUAUACCUGAUGUAUCAAUGUAUUAUCAACAAUUAGCUUUAUCUCAAGCAAGUCAAGAUAAAGGCCCGACGGGAGCAGCAGCACCUUUAUAUAGCCCAGAUGCUUAUUUACAAACACAAGUAGGUCCUAUUGGUCCCCGUGGUCCACCAGGUCCACCUGGACCAUCUGGACCACAAGGCUUUCAAGGAGUACGAGGAGAACCUGGCGAACCUGGAACUCCAGGUCCUCCAGGUGCCCCAGGUCCAAGAGGAUUAUCUGGUUUAACUGGAAAAGAUGGUAAUACCGGUGAAGAUGGAGAACCUGGUCCUCCAGGAUCAGUUGGUCCAGUCGGUCCAAGAGGUCUUCCAGGACUACCUGGUCUUCCUGGUAUGAAAGGACAUCGCGGUUUUCCAGGAUUAGAUGGUGCGAAAGGAGAACAAGGUAUAUCUGGUGAAAAAGGAUCUAUGGGUGCACCUGGACCAAUGGGUCCUGUAGGUCCUAUUGGUCCUGCAGGUCCACGUGGUGAAAGAGGUAGGGAAGGUCCUCCAGGACCUCCGGGAAUUAGAGGAGUAGAUGGAAUUUCUGGUCCACCUGGACAACCUGGUGCAGUAGGUAAACCAGGUUCUCCUGGUUUUCCGGGUAAUCCAGGUAUAAAAGGAGAUCAAGGAGCACAAGGACCAAAAGGAAGUCAAGGCAUACAAGGCCCUCGAGGUGAAACUGGUCGUCCUGGUCAACCUGGUGAAUCAGGACCACAAGGACCUCAAGGAAAAGAUGGAAUAUCUGGAGAAAAAGGAAGUACAGGAGCAUCUGGUUUAGUUGGUGCUCCAGGUUUUCCUGGAGCUCGAGGACAACCUGGAAUAUCUGGCAAUCCUGGUAUUCCAGGAGCAAAAGGCAUGCCUGGAUUUCCUGGUGAAAGAGGAUUUAAAGGUGACAGUGGAGUUAAGGGUGAUGCAGGAAUUCCAGGUCCGCGUGGAUUACCUGGACCUCCUGGAAAUGAAGGAAAACGAGGAAAAAGAGGAAUGCGCGGACCUAUCGGUACGCCCGGUCCAACUGGAGAACGUGGAGCACCAGGAGCACCAGGUCUUCCAGGUCCCGAUGGACCAAUGGGAUCAAAAGGUCAAUCUGGAGAUCGUGGACCCAUUGGUCCAAUAGGACCAAAAGGAGCUAUAGGAGAUCCCGGUCGCCCAGGAUCACCUGGAUUACAGGGUACGCGUGGAUUAAUGGGUCGUCCUGGUGCACCUGGAAAGCCAGGUAAUCCAGGAGAACGAGGAAUCCAAGGAGCUGAUGGAAAACCUGGAGAACAAGGUCCACCUGGCUUACAAGGUCUGCCUGGCCCACUAGGUCUUCCAGGAGAAAAAGGAUAUCCAGGCGAGCCUGGAAAAGCUGGUGAACCUGGAAAUCCUGGACCAUCUGGUCCCAGAGGUGAUACAGGAAAAGAAGGAGCACCAGGACCACAAGGUUCACCUGGACCAUCAGGAGCAGAUGGUGAACGAGGACCUCCAGGAUCUCCAGGUCCUAGAGGUUUUCAGGGUUUUCCAGGUGCAACUGGAAAUGCGGGAACGCCAGGAAAAGAUGGAGAACCAGGUGUUCAAGGACCACCUGGUUCACCAGGUAUACCUGGAAAUAGAGGUGAACGCGGCUUCCCUGGGGAAAGAGGUGCUGCAGGAGGACCAGGAUUAAUGGGACCAAGAGGAGAACCUGGAGUACAAGGAUUAGAUGGUCCUCCUGGAUUACCUGGAGUUAAAGGAGAUAAAGGAAUUUCAGGACCAUCUGGAUUAGUAGGAUUGCCUGGUUUACGAGGAGCUCCAGGAGAAUCUGGUCCAAAAGGAGAAAGGGGACCUACUGGACCAAUUGGUCUUGAAGGACCUCCAGGACGGAUUGGAGAACGUGGACCUCAAGGUCAAAUUGGUCCACCAGGACCACCAGGUGAACCAGCAGAACGAGGUGAUCCUGGUUUACCUGGUCCUCCAGGAGAGAUAGGUGCUCCUGGCAAUCCAGGAGAAAGAGGACCUCAAGGACUUCAAGGAUUACAAGGUUUCCCAGGACCUCAAGGACUUAUUGGUUUACCAGGAUUAAAAGGCGAUCGUGGUUAUCCAGGUUUAAAGGGAGAUCAAGGAAAUCCUGGUCCACCUGGUAAUCCAGGUGAAACUGGACCACAAGGUUCAAUUGGUUUGACUGGAUCUAAAGGAAUACGAGGUGAACCAGGUGCUAGAGGAGAACCUGGUAUUAUAGGACCACCAGGAGUACCGGGAAACAUUGGUGCACCAGGUCCACCAGGUGCAAUAGGACUACCAGGACCAUCUGGAUUGCCAGGUGGUAAAGGUAAUACUGGAGAAGCAGGACGACCUGGAAAUCCUGGGCCAAUUGGAAAUCCAGGUUUACCUGGUGCAGAUGGAAACAAAGGUGAAAGUGGUUCUCAAGGUCCUCCAGGUAUUCCUGGUCCUCAAGGUCCUCAAGGUUCUCCUGGUGAGAGAGGAUUACCUGGUUUACCAGGUCCUUCUGGACCAAUAGGUGCUAGAGGAAUACGAGGAGCACCUGGUGAAUCUGGUGUACCUGGAAAACCAGGACCGGAAGGUCCACCUGGACUUUUAGGGCAAAUUGGACCAAUUGGACCACCUGGACCACCAGGAGAAAUUGGAGCAGAAGGAUCUAGUGGUAAACCUGGACCACCUGGAAUAGCAGGUCGUCCUGGAGAUAAAGGACCACCUGGAGCAGUAGGUCAAACGGGAUUACCAGGUUCUCCAGGUUUACCUGGACCUCCUGGUCAAGCAGGUCCUCCAGGUUCAGCAGGAGAAAGAGGAUCAAAAGGAGAAACAGGACCACAAGGUGUAGAGGGACAGCAAGGACUUAGAGGAAAACCAGGACCUAUUGGACUACAAGGCCCUAAAGGUGAACGUGGUGAAGAAGGACAAAAAGGUUUAAAAGGUCAUAGAGGAUUUACUGGUUUACAAGGACUACCUGGACCUACUGGUCCACCAGGAGAGAAAGGAAUACCUGGACUUCCUGGACUACCUGGUAAAGAUGGUGAACCUGGACCUAGAGGGAGUCCAGGACGAGAUGGUAACCCUGGACCAAUUGGAUUAAUUGGCAAUCCAGGACCAAAAGGUCCUCCAGGAGAUGAAGGUCGUCAUGGACCACCAGGUUCACCUGGUCCACCAGGUCCUCCAGGUCCACCUGGUGAACUUGGAUUAGGAUAUGAUGCUGCUUCUUUAGCUGCUCUUCUAGGACAAGGCCAAAUUAAAGGACCAGAUCCAUUAAUUGGUGAUGAACCACCUAGAAUGUUUAGUCAAGACAUGACAGAACAAGAAAGGCAAGAACUAAUUCAAAAAGCAUAUAAACAACUAAAAUCAUCAUUUCAAAAAUUUAUAAAACCAGAUGGUGAAAAAAAUUCACCAGCCAAAACUUGUAGAGAUCUUUAUAGUGCUUAUCCUAAUAAACUUUCUGGAGAAUAUUGGAUUGAUCCCAAUGAAGGUGAUGCAAGAGAUGCAAUUUUAGUGUAUUGUGAUGCCAAAAAACGUGCAACAUGUUUAUUACCAAAUCCAGUACAUUCACCAGAAAUUAUACAUAUCACUGAUCAACCAGAAACUUGGUUAAGUGAAAUAGAGAAUGGAAUGAAGAUUACAUAUAAAGCAGAUAGUAAUCAAAUUGGUUUUCUGCAACUUCUAUCAAAAAAUGCAUAUCAAAAUAUAACAUAUCACUGUAAAAAUAGUAUAGGCUAUUUUGAUACUGAAAGAAAAACAUAUAGAAAGGGUAUGAAAUUUUUAACUUGGAAUGAUGCUGAAUUAACACCACGUGGAAAUCAACGCUUAAGAUAUGAAAUGAUAAUUGAUGAAUGUAGAACACACAAUGGAAAAUGGGGCAAGACAAUAAUUUCAUAUCAAACUGAUAAAACUAUUAGAUUGCCUAUUAUAGAUGUGGCCUUACGAGAUAUUGGAAAACCUAAUCAAAGCUUUUAUAUUGAAAUUGGAAAUGUUUGUUAUGAAUAAUAGAUUAAAAUUUUAAAAAUAUUUUUCUAUGCUA